AAACAUGAACUACUUUAGACGUGUAAUGGCUGCGGUAUAGGAUACUGACCUUAGGGUUAGGGUUUCGGUGUUGGGAGAGGAUUAUUCAUUGUUUUAGUAACCAUAAUAUGAUAACCAAUCGGAGCGCAGUGUCCAGACAGGAACAUUUGGUAGUACCUUUGUUAGUCAACCAAUGCACUUCCUUAAUGAAAUACUGUUUUAAAUGCAAUUACCUUAAUUUAUUUAGCUAGAGUGGAAUUCUGUCGGCCAAUUCUCUCGUCAGCGUCUUCAAUCCUACUUCCCUUUAAGAUAAACUUUUUGGCUGUGUUGUUAGAGGAGUGUUGAUCAGUUCUUAGUUCCUAAGACGCAGUCAGAAAUGCAAUAAAAAAAAACGGCACAAUUCAUCUCAAUUGCACUGUUUUCAGCAUUAGUCCUCCGAUAUAUUGGAGCUUUCGUGUUUCAUUAACGUUAUUAUUAUUAUUAUUAUUAUUAUUAUUAUUAUUGUAAAUUACUUUGAAACUUGCUGAAGCCUGGCUUCACGCGUGGUGAUCAUAGCAAUAGACUGAUGCGCGAAACUCAUCAAUGGCGAUGUCUUUUCUUGCGUGGCGGAACACAUUUGUAAAGCAUUGUUUUGAUAGAAAACUCACUACAGCUUUAUGGAGAAGUUUUGCAAAGUGGAAGACCACUUCCAGCAGAAAUUACAGUAUAGCAGCUUGCAUGCCCGAGGCUGCAGCCUUCCUUGGAGUCGGAGACCACAGCGGAUUGUAUGACUACUCCGUCAACGAGGGAGACCGGUUUUGGGGCGCCGUGGGGAGGCAGAGGCUGUCUUGGAUCACCCCCUUCCACACCGUGCAGGACUGUAAACUGAGCGAAGGCAAAAUCCGCUGGUUUGAAGGAGGGCAGCUGAACGCAUCAGUGAACUGUCUGGAUCGACACAUCCACACCUGCCCCGAGCGAGUGGCGCUCAUCUGGGAGAAAGAUGAGCCAGGCACAGAAGUGAGAGUGACUUACAGACAGCUUCUGGAGCUGACAUGCCGUCUGGGGAACGUCCUGAAGCGCCAGGGAGUCAGGAAGGGAGAUCGAGUCACCAUCUACAUGCCUCCAUGCCCCCUGGCAGUGGCUGCCAUGCUGGCGUGCGCCCGGAUUGGCGCGGUCCACACUGUGGUGUUUGCAGGUUUCAGCUCAGAGGCGCUGGCUGACAGGAUCCGAGAUGCCCAGUCGAAGCUGGUGAUCACCGCGAACCAGGCACUGAGGGGAGGGAGGACCAUCGAGCUGAAGAAGACUGUAGACCAGGCUGUGAAGGACUGCCCGUCCGUCACGCGGGUCCUUGUUGCCAUGAGAACGGAGAACCAGGUCCAAAUGACUGACAGAGACAUCCCACUGGAGGAGGAAAUGAUGAAGGAAGACGUGACCUGUGACCCCGUUGCCAUGGAGAGUGAGGACAUGUUGUUUUUGCUGUACACGUCAGGCAGCACAGGAAAGCCCAAAGGCCUUGUGCACACCCACGCAGGCUACCUGCUCUAUACCUCUUUGACACACAGGUAUGUGUUUAACUAUCAUGACGGGGAUGUGUUUGGCUGUGUCGCGGAUAUCGGCUGGAUCACUGGGCACAGCUAUGCUGUGUACGGACCGCUGUGCAACGGGGGCACCACAGUUCUGUUUGAGAGCACGCCGGUCUACCCCGACCCAGGGCGCUACUGGGAGACUGUUGAGAGGCUAAGAAUUAAUCAGUUUUAUGGAGCACCUACAGCAAUCAGACUUCUUCUGAAAUACGGAGAUCAGUGGGUUAAGAAAUACGACCGGUCAUCUCUGAAAACCCUUGGGUCAGUGGGAGAGCCAAUAAACUCGGAGGCGUGGGAGUGGUACUCCAGAGUGGUUGGGGAGGGGAGAUGCCCUCUAGUGGACACUUGGUGGCAAACAGAGACGGGAGGGAUUUGUAUUGCUCCCAGACCUUCUGAUCCCGACGCUGAGAUCAUCCCAGCCAUGGUGAUGAGGCCCUUCUUCGGCAUUCAGCCUGCUCUGAUGGAUGAUAAGGGUAACAGACUGUCUGCCAACGAUGUGUCCGGCGCGCUCUGCAUCGCACAGCCCUGGCCUGGGAUGGCCAGAACCAUUUACAAUGACCACAAGCGCUACAUAGAGACCUACUUCCAGCCUUAUCCCGGUCACUUUUUCACAGGAGACGGUGCGUACCGGUCGAAGGAAGGAUACUACCAGAUCAUCGGCCGUCUCGACGACGUGCUCAAUGUGAGCGGCCACCGCCUGGGCACUGCGGAGAUUGAAGAAGUGGUGAAUCAGCACCGCGUCGUGGCCGAGUCCGCUGUGGUCGGUUAUCCUCAUGAGAUAAAGGGGGAAGGUGCCUAUGCAUUCAUAGUGCUGAAGGAUGGAGUGGAUGAGCCCGAGGAGCUCAUAGAGAAGCAGCUGAGGGACACUGUCUCCCUGAAGAUUGCAAAGUAUGCUGCUCCCGACUAUAUACAGGUGGUUAAACGCUUGCCCAAGACCCGCUCGGGGAAGAUCAUGCGGCGCGUGCUGCGGAAGAUCGUGGAGGGGAAGGGGAGUCAGCUGGGGGAUCUCUCCACCAUGGACGAUCAGACAGCAGUGCAGGAGAUCAUCGACGGGCACAAGCGCCUUCGGGGAACUCCACGAUAACCCAGCCCCAGAGGAGCGGAGCGCUAAGCACAGACACACUGCAGAAACCAGAGCCGGUACUGCAGACACACACUGAAACACUGUUCCAUCACACACAGACCCGUGUAUCAAGAACGCAGCAUUGAUUUGAAACUGAGGCCUGAAGAUAGAAACACAUGCAUCACAUCUAUGAAUCUGUUAGAAGGUCUUGUGUGUGUGUUUUCUUGUGAACCCCAGGUUGUCUGUAUACAUAGCACAUCCUUAUAUGGUACAGUACAAUGAAUAUUAGCAGACAUAUAUAUAUAUAUAUAUAUAUAUAUAUAUAAUCUGUUUGCAUGAAAGGUCUGCCCACCACAAUAACAAUACGACACAAUGAGAUGUAUAUAGCAUAUAUUUUAUAAGAAACAUUCCAAGUGCUUUAUAAUCCGUAUAAACUGAUAUUAAUAACUGUUUUUAAUAAUAAUAAUAAUAAUAAUAAUAAUAAUAAUUUGUCAUACUGUUUGAUCUAGAUGAACUAUUCAAAAGAUGAUAUCCUCAAAAAUUCUGCCUUUUUUUUUUCUUUUUUUUUUUAGUAGGAAGCUGUUCAAGUCUCGUAGACCAGAAAAUGCUUUAGAUUAUAUAUAUAUAUAUAUAUAUAUUUAAUUUUUUUUGUAGAAUAUUCUCUUUUGAAAAGGGCCUAUGGUGUGUGACUGGCAAAUAUAAUGUGUAAAGGAUGAGGAGCAAUCUGGUGUGGACUGCACAGGAAAUGUACAAAUACAAAAAUAAUCUUAAUAAAUUCAAUGACAAACCAGAA